UUUAGUCAAAUAUUGACUUUCAAUCAAGUCUCCAAAAAACAAAACAACACUUCAACAAAAACUCCACUUUAAGAUUUCUCACAUUUUCGAAACCUCCCGCUCUAAUUUGAAAGUACCACCACCCGACCACGAAGCUUGGCUGUCCAUCCGCAAGGCGGAGUCAGUGCAAUCAAUUUAUGAACAACAACAAUAAUCACAAUUCGAAAUCAUAACCUAUAUGAACAUUCUUAACCAAGCUCACUGUCGGAGUAAGUAUACUUGCCGGCAAUAUCCCGCCAGACGACCCUUGUCUUUUUUCUGUGUUCCAAAAGUUUUUUCAAGAUAUCGUCAAUGAAUAAGCGUCUCCUUUCUCCACCGAUCAUUCAAAUCGGAGUGAUUUUUGUGUGUCUUCAAUACGUAGUCGCGUUUUAUUCUUCUCCUAACGAGAUCAGUAUGAGAGACGAAGAGACGUUUCUCAUAUCAGACUCUGACGAAGAUUUGGAGGAAGGAAUAGUCCCUGUCUCCGCAAUGAAUUUAAAGCCUUACGAAGGAGAUCAAAUAGUCCCUGUCUCUGCAAUGAAUUUAGAGCCUCGCGAAGGAGAUCAAAUAGUCCCUAUCUCCGCAAUGAAUUUAGAGCCUCACAAAGGAGAUCAAAUAGUCCCCGUCUCCGCAAUGAAUUUAGAGCCUUACGGAGAUCAAGAGACAACCCAAGGUCACGUUCAAGCGGACUCGCAGUCCCCGACAACGUCACAAUUAGCGACCGAAAUCGUCCACAAGGGAAACAUCACAACAUUCGAUGACGACUCUCAGAUCGGGAGGGUAACGUUGAAGACUAUAUAUUACAACGGAACGGAGUUCUCGGACGAAAACUACGACUACGAAAAGUUAAAAUCCGAGUACUACGACCAGAUUUCCGGAGAACUCGAAGCGGUGCCGAGGAACGCGACGCAAGAGGAAUCCUUUUGGCGACGGAAUUGGAUGGCGCGAAAGGUGACGGAUAAUUGGCGGACCAUUCUGAAAUGGUCGUUUCUGUCCUACGCGAUUCUCGUGAUACCACUCUGGUGCUGGCGUGGGUGGUGCUUGUGCUGUUUUCAAUGCCAGUUCUGCUUCCCCGACGAGAUCGUUUGGGAGGCCAAGCAUUACAUAGCCCUCAAUCCGCCCGGAGUGUUCCUGGAUGCGGACGGCAAGGAGAUCAAAUACACCCCCAGUCGAUACGAGGAAGAAAGCUACCAUGUGUUGUAUCGCUCUAUUCACCGUUACGCAGCUUGAAUGUUGUCUUACGA